GUAGUUCUUGGAGCCGGAAGUGGGGGUGGCAGGGGCAGAAACCACAGCUGAGACAGCAGCCAUUGGCGCGGACGCCGCCCGGGUGCAGCGUGUUAUUCCGAGCCCACCUGCCCUGGGUGCCUCCUCUGCCCCGAGGGUGCCUCGGGCAUCCUGGCGGCCGAAGCGGCCCGGAGCCUCUCCAGCAAGGGGGAGGCCUUGUCCCGGAUGCGGCCCGUGGGUGCGGGAAUGGAUCUUGGAGGCGGCGGGGAGCGCCUGCAGGAGGACAGCAGGAGGGAGCAUUGGCAGUUGCUGGGUAAUUUGAAGACUACUGUGGAGGGUUUGGUGUCAGCCAACUGCCCCAAUGUCUGGUCCAAGUAUGGUGGCCUGGAGCGGCUUUGCAGGGACAUGCAGAGCAUUCUAUAUCAUGGGCUCAUCCAUGACCAGGUGUGUUGCCGCCAGGCUGAUUACUGGAAGUUUGUGAAAGACAUCCGGUGGCUCAGUCCCCACUCAGCCCUUCAUGUUGAGAAGUUCAUCAGCUUGCAUGAGAAUGGCCAGAGCAAUGCCGAUGGUGUGAGUGAGCAUGCUGUUGCAGAGCGCUGGCUGCAGCACAGCCUGCAGUGCCACUGUCUUUCAGCCCAGCUCCGACCUCUGCUCAGGGACAGACAGUAUAUCCGAAAAUUCUACUCGGAAACUGCAUUUCUGCUAAGUGAUGCCCAUGUCACAGCCAUGCUCCAGUGCCUGGAAGCAGUGGAACAGAACAAUCCCCGCCUCCUGGCUCAGAUUGAUGCAUCUAUGUUUGCCAGAAAGCACGAGAGCCCACUGCUGGUUACAAAGAGCCAGAGCCUGACAGCUCUGCCUGGUUCCACAUAUGCCCCUCCAACUAGCUAUGCUCAGCAUUCCUACUUUGGGUCCUCCUCCAGUCUCCACCAAGCUGUGCCUAUCCACAUCUCAGAGAGAAGAUCUACUUCCUUUUCACUCUCUGGCCCUCCCUGGAAACCUCAACAAGAUGGACAAUUCUCACCAGCAGAGGAUCAAACCAUCCAAAUGCCACAGCUUUCAGACUCUGUACUAGCCCAGGAUUUCCCAUUGACCCCAAAUGAGAUGAGUUCCGGCACUCUGACUAGCCCCAUGGAGGCAUCUUGGAUCAGCAGCCAAAAUGACUCCCCAAGUGAUGCCACCGAGGGGCCUGAGUACUUGGCCAUUGGCAACCCAGACCCCCAUAGCCGGACUACCAGCUGUCAGAGCCAUAGUAGCAAUGCUGAGAGCAGCAGCUCCAAUUUGUUCUCCUCCAGCAGCUCUCAAAAGCCAGAUUCUGCUGCUUCUUCUCUAGGGGACCAAGAGGCAGGUAGGCAGAGUCAGCCAGCCAGUGUCCUUCGCAGGUCCAGCUUCUCAGAAGGACAGACUGUCACUGUCACCAGUGGGGCAAAGAAGAGCCAUAUUCGCUCCCAUUCAGAUACCAACGUUGCAUCCAGAGGAGCUGCAGGAGGCCCCAGGAAUAUCACGAUUAUAGUUGAAGAGCCCAUUGCAGAGGGUGGUCAGUACCUGUGCUCAGGAGAAGGCAUGUUUCGAAGACCAUCGGAAGGACAGUCCCUCAUCAGUUACCUCUCUGAGCAGGACUUCGGCAGCUGUGCGGACCUGGAGAAGGAGAAUGCCCACUUCAGCAUCUCAGAGUCCUUGAUUGCUGCCAUCGAGCUAAUGAAAUGCAACAUGAUGAGCCAGUGCCUAGAAGAGGAGGACAUAGAGGAGGAAGACAGUGAUAGAGAGAUCCAGGAACUGAAGCAGAAGAUCCGCCUUCGGCGCCAGCAGAUCCGCAGCAAGAACCUGCUCCCUGUGUACCAGGAGACAGAGUAUGGAAGCUUUCGGGUUACCUCCAGCAGCUCCCAGUUCAGUUCCCAUGAUUCCACACAGUUCUCUGACUCUGGCUCUGCUGAUGAGGUUGAUGAAUAUGAAAUCCAAGAUGCCGACAUCAGGAGGAGUGCAACGUCAAAUGGCAAAUCGUCCAUCUCGCAAAACUUCUCCCAUUGCUUCCUGCACUCCACAUCUGCUGAGGCAGUGGCUAUGGGGCUCCUGAAGCAGUUCGAGGGGAUGCAGCUUCCUGCUGCCUCGGAGCUAGAAUGGCUAGUCGCAGAGCAUGAUGCCCCGCAGAAGCUCCUGCCUAUCCCCGACUCACUGCCCAUCUCACCAGAUGACGGGCAGCACGCAGACAUCUACAAGCUGCGUAUUCGUGUUCGCGGCAACCUGGAGUGGGCCCCACCCCGGCCUCAGAUAAUCUUUAAUGUCCAUCCAGCCCCAACGAGGAAGAUCGCUGUGGCCAAGCAGAAUUACCGCUGUGCAGGAUGUGGUAUCCGGACUGAGCCCGAUUAUAUCAAGCGACUGAGGUACUGUGAGUACUUGGGCAAAUACUUCUGUCAGUGCUGCCACGAGAAUGCCCAGAUGGUCAUUCCCAGCCGGAUUCUGCGCAAGUGGGACUUCAGCAAGUACUACAUCAGCAAUUUUUCCAAAGACCUGCUCAUUAAAAUCUGGAAUGAUCCUCUCUUUAAUGUGCAGGACAUCAAUAGCGCCCUCUAUAGGAAAGUCAAGCUGCUCAAUCAAGUCCGGCUGCUGCGGGUUCAGCUGUAUCACAUGAAGAACAUGUUCAAGACAUGCCGACUGGCUAAAGAGCUUUUAGAUUCCUUUGACACAGUUCCAGGCCAUCUGACAGAGGAUCUCCACCUGUACUCACUGAACGACCUGACUGCAACCAAGAAGGGGGAGCUGGGACCCCGGCUGGUGGAGCUUACCAGAGCAGGAGCUGCCCAUGUAGAGCGAUGUGUGCUGUGUCAGGCCAAAGGCUUCAUCUGUGAGUUCUGCCAGAAUGAGGAUGACAUCAUCUUUCCCUUUGAGCUACAUAAGUGCCGAACCUGUGAAGAGUGUAAAGCGUGUUACCACAAAGCUUGCUUCAAGUCUGGAAGCUGCCCCCGCUGUGAGCGGCUACAGGCCAGGCGGGAGUUGCUGGCUAAGCAGAGCCUGGAGUCGUACAUGUCAGACUAUGAGGAGGAACCCACUCAAGCCCUGGUUCUGGAAGCUGCCGUCCUGGAGGCCACCUGAACAAUGCACAUUAAGCCCUUUGUCUGAGGGGCAAGGGUCACACAAGUUGCAGAGCUGAGCCACCCUUUCAAGGACUUUCCCUACCUGGGGCCUUUUAAAAAAAUUAUCGUCAUUUUGUUAUGACUUGUCUGCUGUCCAGGUAUAGUCAGCCUUAAUUGGUUGAUGGGUCCAGUCUGUUGUGACAGGUGUAGGCACCAGGUAGUUCCAUCAGAGCUGACACAUGGGUCCUUAAAGAAAGCUUCUUGUGCCUCUUGUCAGGGGAAUGCAUAACGAGACCCAAUUCUCCUGACAUCAUGGCCUGUUCCACUAGGACCAGAUCUGGUUGUAGCUACAGCUCAAGUGUCAUUUCCACUUUUUUUUUUAGUUCCAGAGCUUCUGAGCCAGGCCUCUCAGUCCAUGCUCUUCUUUGCUGCUGAAAUGGGAAUGGAGUUUCUCUGCCUCCAUCCUGAAAGAGAGUCAUACUGUAACCCGAAGAAAGGAGAGAAUGGGCCACAUCAUGGGCAGUCAGUCAACUUUGGUAUUUGGGGAGCUGUAAGAACAGAAUCAUUAUUGUCCUAGAAUCCUCAGAGACCUCAAGGAGGCAGCCAUGGCUUCCCUGUUUCGAGUAUUCUCAGCAUAGAUGAUGUCAUAAACUGGCUUACAUACCGUUGUGGACUUGGGGCAAAGAACUGGGCUUACUUAGGCCAGGCCCAUUUGUAGCCUGUACCACAAGCUAAGUGAGGCUUCAGCUGUUGCUUGAGGAGCAUUUAUUCAGAUAGAGGAGCUGAUGGUCUCCCCUUGGUGUUCCAUCUCUUAGUUAACCUGGCUGCUUGAGUGCAGGUAUGCUCCUUCAGGCUCACACAAGUCCCUGGUGCCAGCCUAAGGUGAGGGUAAAAACCCCACACACUAUCUUAGUGGGUCCUUUACUGCCUUUUAAGAUGGCCAUUGUGGCUCUGAGUAGAGCUAUGAUCCAACUCCAUUCUCUGUCCCCUUCCUCCAGCAGAGCUGGGAUCUUUCCUAUUGGCUGAUCUCUUGCCUUAGUUUCUUUUCUCAGAGUGAGGGAGAAGCCUUCCCGCUAUUAAGUAGCACUAGAGAACUUGUUGAUUUGUGAAUGUGAAUGUGAAUGUUCCUGUUUUCUUGGGUAACAAGAGCCUUUCUGCCAUUUAUGCACUUAACUCUUUAUCUAGCCUAGGUAAUAAAUGUUGAAUCACCAUUUCA